UAAUGAAAAUACAUAGUAAUAGAAAAAAUAAGGAAAUGGUUUUAUUAGUUAUAACAGCAUUUUCCCUCUCUCUGACCAACUCCAACAAACAAAACGGCCACGCUGAAUGACAACCAUACACCAUCCUGAAUCCAUGCUUUUUUAUGCAUUCUUUCGUAGCCUUUUUGUUCCACACCAUUUCCAAAAAUGGGGCUUCUCAAUCUCAUUUGGCUUCCUGCAAACAUUCUAAACUCAGCGGCUUCCUCUCUAACUUCGCCAUGGAUUUCUCACGGACACACCACCAGAAAAUCGCCACGGCGGCGUCCCCUGCACACGUGCGGCGCUUCCUGUGUAGCCAUCGCUCGCAAAGCCAGCGCCAAGGCGCAGGAUCUGGACGCGCCGCUUGGACCGAUGGCGAAGAAGUCCAUCUCCAUAUUCAACACCUUCUGCCCCUCCUUCGUACACAGCGCGGCGCAUAGAUGUUUAGGUUUGCUGAUCGUGAUCGACGACCAAAUCCUGACGAUCGAAGGUAAACUCGAGGCGAUCAUCCCCCGAUCGGCGGCCGUAUUCGACGGGAUCGAUGGGGUGGUGCGGCGCGCGGAGGCUCUGCCGGAGAUCCUGGACGAGGCGGUGAGGAAAUCGGUGGUGGUGAUCCGUCAGUUGCCGUUGGUGGAUUGGGCGGUGGCGCGUCUGAUCUCGUGGCUGAGCUUCGUGCUGUCGGUGCUGGUGGAUAUCGGAUGUGGUGAGAAGGAAAUCAGCAUCGACGAGAACUGCAAAUCGGAGGAGCAGACGAAAUCGGUGCAGUUCGAGAAGGGGUAUUCGUACGCGGACGCAGCGAGGAAGGAGCAGGAAGACGAAAUGGGUGCAGUUUCGAGAGAAGUGAUACAUUUAUCGGUGAAGAGGAUGCAUUCAUGGAAGAGCAGAAUAAAGGCGCUGGAAGAGCCGCUGUCGGCAGGGGAUUCGCCGAUGUACUCUUCGUAUCAGUCGGCAAACACGUCUCCGGUGUCGGACGGCUCGCAGGAGGAGAACCAUGCCUUCAACCAGACGCUAGGAUGCAGUUACAAGGAUGACCAAAUGGAGACGGAGGAGGAUCAUGUACAUUUGAAGGAUAUUCCACUCAUCCAAUAGUAUUCUUUUUCUCUUGUUUGUGCCAUGCCAACACAUGCUCCUAAUAUUUUACUUUUAUUUUGAUACUAGAUUGAUUUAUUAUAAUAUAUG